CCGGCGUCAGAGUCCGGGGUUUGGUCUGCGGGGCGAUCGAGUGCUGGACCGGUGGCGGUCCCGUGCGCCCCGGCCAGCGCGCGCCAGCAGCUCUGGGUACCCCAGGCCGAGGCGCCGGCGGCUGCGGCAGACCAGUAGGGUGGGCAGAGGGGGGCUCGGAGGGCGCCCUGUGCGCGGAGCAGGCGUGAGGCAACCGGGGGCCGGGACGCCAUGUCCAUGGAGGACCCCUUCUUUGUGGUGAAAGGAGAGGUACAGAAAGCAGUCAACACUGCCCAGGGAUUAUUUCAGAGAUGGACAGAGCUCCUCCAGGACCCUUCCACAGCAACGAGGGAAGAAAUCGACUGGACCACCAAUGAGCUGAGAAACAACCUCCGGAGCAUAGAGUGGGAUCUCGAGGACCUUGACGAGACCAUCAGCAUAGUUGAAGCAAACCCUAGAAAAUUCAACCUCGAUGCAACUGAAUUGAGUAUAAGAAAAACCUUCAUCACAAGUACUCGGCAAGUUGUCAGGGACAUGAAGGAUCAGAUGUCAGCUUCAUCUGUGCAGGCAUUAGCAGAACGAAAAAAUAGACAGGCACUCCUAGGGGACAGUGGCGGCCAGAACUGGAGCGCGGGAACGAUGGACAAAUCCGGGCGCCUGGACCGCGAGCUCCAGCUGGCCAACUCCCAUUUCAUCGAGGAGCAGCAGGCUCAGCAACAGUUGAUCGUGGAGCAGCAGGAUGAGCAGUUGGAGCUGGUCUCUGGCAGCAUCGGGGUGCUGAAGAACAUGUCCCAGCGCAUCGGAGGGGAGCUAGAGGAACAGGCGGUUAUGUUGGAUGAUUUUUCUCAUGAGUUGGAGAGCACUCAGUCUCGGCUAGACAAUGUGAUGAAGAAACUUGCAAAAGUAUCUCACAUGACCAGUGAAGAACGCUUUUGAAAAGCACGUUCUUUCUCCAUCAAGAGCAGAGAGGGGAAACCAGAGGGCUCGCAGACUUCCAGCCCCUGCGGCCCACGGCGCCGUCCCGUCCAGUCCCUGCAGGAGGAUGGCGCCCAGUGAGCGCAGCGGCGGGCUUCUCCCGGGGCCUCUGCUGCUGAGCAGAGGGCAGCUGCGGCCCCGGGCUGGCCUGUCCAGCUGUCCUUACCCGGCUCCCGGCCCUCACAGACAUGCUUGCACUUCCAGUGAGGAGGUCUUACUCUUGCAAGGCCCGCGCCAGGCCGUUAUGGAAGCGGGGACACCAGCCUCGCCGUGGGCCUCUUGCUGUGAUGCUCACUGCGAAGCUGCUGUCGGCUGUCGGGGCCAGAAAAUCAAGAGAAUUCCAAGGAGAACAGCCGUCAGAUGAGAAGAGCAGCGCAGAGAACCUCCGAGGCUCCGGCUCUUGAGGCCCAGUGCCGGGUCACUCACGGCGGGGCUGAAACCCCAGGCUCGCUGGCCCCUGGGGUCAGCAGCCCCGACGGUGCCCUCAGAAGGCCUUGGAGCCCCCAGCUUAGCUCCUCCAACAGACACGGGGGGCAUUUGCGGCGCUGCAUGCUGGACUUGGCCCCAGGGACAAGCGACCUCGGCGACGUAACAAGGUAGGCUGGUAGUGACCUGUCGUGUGCACCCCUCACCCCAGCCAUUUGGUGUUUUUUGCUUUUGGACGAACACUGAAGCCCUGAAAGACCUCCCGGGGGGUCUUGCCAUGGUCCUGCCAUCUACCUUUAGGCGGCACUUCUUCAUGAUGUUCUGGUCUCUGCAGAGAACAGGUGUGUGGCGGGGCGGGGAAGGAAGAAAAAGAACUUGGUUUCCCUGCGACAUAAGCUAAUGUGUUGGUGCUGUUUUCCUUCCCAUGUUACCUUUGUCCAGAAAUGCCCUUCCCCAAGGCUGUGUAGAUGGGAACUGUGCUGAGAGGGUGAUUUGUCCCAGUCACCUUCCCAGCUGCUUGGCGUGGACCUGUGAGAAAGUAUAUUUUAUCCCUUUUUUUUUUUUUUUUAAGGUUAUGAGUUCUUGAACCCAGAAGCCACUCGAUUAUCCAGGGGGUGAUAGAAAUAAGACCCCCCGGCAUCACUGUUCGCUAAGCAAAGCUCUCGGGCCUUGUGGUGUAGCCGCGUGUCAGCCGGGCACUCUGCAUGAGCUGGGCUUUCUGCCAGCCCUGGGCCGAGACCACGUUCACCGUUGUUCUUUCUGCUCUGCACAAAGUGGGCUUUAGCUGAGACCCUGCUCCCGAACGGGAAUCGCAGCCCUGUGGGUAAAGUGCGCUCUGGGAGAGGCAGAUGUCCUAGUCCUCAGGAAAAGAAAGUACCUGUGCAGGGCGGGGAGAGGCCAGCCAGGUGUCCCCCAUUAGAAUGAGUGACUGGAACUUGUUUGUAAGCUGGAUGUGGUUCCGUCCUAGCUCGACCCAGGCUGGGAGAACGCCCUGGGUAAGGGCGGCCUGGAAACCAGGAAAGGGCCAAAGACAGCAAGCUGUAAAUGAUUGUGGAUUCAUUUUUUUGUAAGUGGAAAAAUACGCUUUCACUGGCUCAUUUGUAAUCAGAAAUCAGUGUAAUGGAAAAGGCAAAUGUAUAAUAUCUGGCAGCACUCAGCAAGAUUAAACCAUUGUAUUUUUCUUCGAAGGAUAAAUAACCUACAGCGUUUCAUUUUUAAAUAACUAGAAGGUACAAACUAAAGAAGUGAGAUCAAAGAUUAGAAUUGCAAAUGCCUGGGUGAUUUCCAGAUGGCCCCCCCACUCCCCAGUCCUCAUGAGAAGAGCCCGGUGGUCCUGGUGCCAGUUUACGCCCCUCGCCACAGGUAGAUGCGUUCUUUUUCUACAGGCCGGGUUUCCAAGUGUGGUGUGGGCCCAGCCUCGGCGGCAUCGCCCCAGAGCUUGCUAGAAAUGCAGGUUCUCGGCGCUCCCCUCGGCUCUGCUGAAUCACAAACUCUGGGGUGUUCACAAGCCCUCCAAGGGCGUUCUGACGCCCAGUUUAGUUUCAGAAUCACUGCUACUGCAUCGUGGAAUUUAGGCUACAGUAAACCAUCCCUGCAUAAUAAAACCUCUUCCACAGCUUUGUGUAAUCCUGACAUUAAACAAACUGAUGACACUAUAAACUUGAAAACUUUUUAAAAAUACUUGUGUAAGAAAGAUCUCAACUAGCCGUCUUUCAAAGUGGUAUUUUUACACCCUGAAGUCUAUUAGUAAUGUUUCUUACUUCUGCUCUUGAAAUCAUGUUAUAGGUGUACAAAGAAUACUGUUCAGUAUUAAAAGAGAAAUGGAGAAACCAUGA